GAUUUACCAGCUGACCGGGGUGGAAGUUGGCGUGGAUCACUGACAUUAAACCAAACGAUUAUUUGAUCAUCCUGCGUCGCAGUGUGUAUAAUCAUAAUUUGAAGAUUUGGGAUCUCACAAUGAAGACAGAUGAUGCUCAGUAACCAAGCCAGACGCCAAUGAAAGAUAACCGUCUGCUGCCAUGACGACCAGUCGCUGCACUCUGUUGCCGGAGGUGCUGCCAGAGCGUUCUGACUCUGCCCACACAGGGAGUUGCUUGAGCGACAGGGACUUUGAUCCAAUGGGUAGCCUGGACUACCCGACAGAGCCUGACCUCCCAGGAAAAGCAAUGGAAGAGCAGAACAGUCCGGCCAAUGGAGAGCCGCAGUACUACAUGCAAGUGUCUGCCAAGGAUGGGCAGCUGCUGUCACCUAUCGUGGGAGCGUACGCCAAACAGAGCCCUCUGCCUGAGCGGCCCAUGUGUCGGAUCUGUCAUGACGGAGGGGGUCAGGAGGAGCUGCUCUCCCCCUGUGAGUGUGCCGGGACCCUGGGUACCAUCCACCGGAGCUGCCUGGAGCACUGGCUCUCUGCCUCUGGCACCAGCGCCUGUGAGCUCUGCCACUACCAGUUCACUGUACAGAGGAAGAACCGGCCACUGAUGGAGUGGGUGCGUAACCCGGGCCUGCGCCAGGAAAAACGGACGCUGUUCGGCGACAUGGUGUGCUUCCUGCUCAUCACGCCUCUGGCCACAAUCUCCGGGUGGCUGUGUCUGCGGGGGGCCGUGGACCACCUGCACUUUUCCAGCCGCCUGGAGGCCGUGGGCCUCAUCGCCCUCACCGUGGCCCUCUUCACCAUCUACCUCUUCUGGACCCUGGUGUCGCUCAGGUAUCACUGUCGGCUGUACAACGAAUGGCGGCAGACCAAUCAGAGGGUGGUGCUUCUCCUCCCCAGGUCACAUGGUGAGCCGUCUGCUCCGCCCUCUUCACGAGGCCCAUCUCGUGAAAAAUGGCCAUCCAAAGAGACUAUUGUCUGAGCAGCCCUUUCUUCAAAAGCCAUGAAGGACAAACACUGAGGAAGAAUGGGGAUAGUUCCAUAGGCGCCAGAACAGUAUUUGCUUCUGGUGCCCUCCAGUGCUGAACUUUGAAUUGCCCACACGAGUGUGGAAUUGCCACCAAAUGUCAUUAAUGGGCACCUAGGAAUGGUUUAAACACACAUUUACUAAGGCGGUAGAGUUACUGUACAACAGAGACCUUCUCUUCGGGGAAGCAUCCAUUUUGGACUCAAAAUGCAGCAUUACAUCCCACCACUGCCACCAAUAUGUCAUACAGGGAUGGACAUUUGGUGAUAUAGAAGUGGUGGAGUGCGUAGUUGGUCAUGAAGCAUUUGGACUGAAGGACAGCCAGGAAAAGUUUGCCACUGUGACCAUAUGCUGUGAUUGGUGAUUCCUGUGAAGUGCAGAAAACAUUGUCUGGUUCAUAUAACAUACCAACAUAAACCUGUGUAUAGUAUUACUAUAUUAGUCACAUUCUACCAAUCAACAAGUCAAAGCCCAGAGUGUAAAUAAGUACUUCAACUACUUCAGUAUUUUACAUAGUAUUAAACUCUUACCUUUACAUGUAUGGGUCUCUGUGCCUCAAACCAAGGUCAUGUUCAUUAUGCACCAGAGAACUUACUGAAACAGUGGGGGACUACACUCAUUUUUCAAAAGUAUUUAAAACGUUUCACUACGGUGUGCCCUGCUGAACACGAUCCAACUUAAGACAGGCUUU